AUGGCACAGGUUCCUUGUCUGUGUGUCCUGGCCUUGCUGUCCCUCAGGCUGCACCCUGCCACAGCGGGCAUGGACUCCUGCUACGACCCGCAGGGGAGGGCACAGCGCUGCAUGCCUGCCUUCGAGAAUGCAGCAUUCGGCAGGGAGGUGUGGGCGACCAACACGUGCGGCUCCCCGCCUGAAGAUUACUGCCUCCAGAUGGGAGCCCGGCAUGCCACCAAGCUAUGCCACCACUGUGACGCAAGAGACCCCUUGCUCCACCACAAUGCCACCUACCUGACCGACUUCCACAGCCAGGAGGAGAGCACCUGGUGGCAGAGCCAGUCCAUGGCUUUCAGGAUACAGCACCCCAACUCUGUCAACAUCACUCUGCACCUGGGGAAGUCCUAUGAAAUCACCUAUGUACGGCUGAAGUUUCACACAAGCCGGCCAGAGAGCUUUGCUAUUUACAAACGCAGCCGUGUGAACGGGCCCUGGAUCCCAUACCAGUACUACAGCGCCUCCUGUGGGAAGACCUAUGGGAAGCAAGAGCGGCAGUACCUGCGGCCUGGUGAGGAUGAGCAGGUAGCCUUCUGCGCUGAGGAGUUCAGCGACAUCUCCCCACUGAGCGGAGGGAACGUGGCCUUCUCCACCCUGGAGGGCCGGCCCAGCGCCUACAGCUUUGACAAGAGCCCUGUGCUACAGGAGUGGGUGACUGGCACUGAUCUGCUCAUCUCCUUGAACCGGCUCAACACGUUUGGGGACGACAUCUUCAAGGAUCCCAAGGUGCUGCAGUCCUACUAUUAUGCCAUCUCUGACUUCUCGGUCGGCGGCAGGUGUAAGUGCAACGGCCAUGCCAAUGAGUGUGCCCCAAAUGAAGUGGGCCAGCUGGCUUGCCGCUGCCAGCACAAUACCACCGGUGUGGACUGUGAGCAAUGCCAGGCUUUCUACCAGGACCGGCCGUGGGCGCGAGGAACUGCUGAGUCCGCCAACGAGUGUCUCUCAUGCAACUGCAGCGGCCGAUCGGUUGAGUGCUUCUACGACUGGGAGCUGUACCGGCACACGGGGCACGGCGGCCAUUGCCUGAAGUGCCAGGAUAACACCGACGGGCCGCACUGCGAGCGCUGCCAACAGAACUACUACCGGUGGGAUGGGCAGAUGGCCUGCCAGCCAUGCAACUGCAACGCGGCGGGCUCCCUGCGGCUCCAGUGUGACAACUCGGGGGCCUGCGACUGCAAGGCCAGCGUGACUGGCUGGAAGUGCGAGCGCUGCCGGGCCGGGUUCCACUCUCUGAGCGAAGGGGGCUGCAGACCUUGUGCCUGUGACCCUGCUGGCAGCGUGGGGACCUGUGACCCCAACUCGGGGCGCUGCUUCUGCAAGGAGAAGGUGGAAGGCUACCUGUGCAACAGAUGCCAACCUGGCUCAUUCAAUCUGCAGCCCCACAACCCUGCAGGCUGCACCAGUUGCUUCUGCUAUGGCCACUCGACUGUGUGCACUGCAGCCACCCAGUACGAGGUGCACCACAUCCGCUCUGACUUCAGCCAAGGGCCUGAGGGCUGGAGAGCUGAAGUUCCAGGUGCCAAGGAAGUACAGCUGGACUGGGCCAAUGGGGAGAUCUACCUAGAGCAGGACGGAGAGGAGCCAGCCGAUUUCAUAGCACCAGAGAAAUUUCUGCAUGACCAGCGUCUCAGCUACGGGCAGCUCCUCUCCCUGCUCCUUCGAGUGGAGGGGAACGGGAGCAGAUCCUCUCCAUUUCCCAUUCGGCUGGUCUUAGAGGGAGACGGCAUUGCGGUUUCUGUGAGCUACGUCGCCCCAGCAGGCAAUGAAAGCCAGCCCCACCAUGGAGAGCACAAGGUCACCUUCAGGCUCCAUGAGGCGAAGGAGGAGAUGCAACCCCCGCUGUCAUCCUUCAACGUCCAGCGUCUGCUCUCCAAUCUCACUGCCCUCAGGAUCCAGGCUGGCAGCAGCAACGCACCUUGUAGAGUCUCCCUGAGUGAGGUCCAGCUCACCUCUGCUCGCCCAGGUCAUUCCCUGCCUGCUCAGUGGGUGGAGGAGUGCAUCUGCCCACAGGGGUACACCGGGCAGUUCUGUGAAUCCUGCGCGCCGGGCUACAAGAGAGAGAUUCCAUUGGGCGGGCCCUUCACCAGCUGCAUCCCCUGUACUUGUAACCAGCACGGCAGCUGUGACCCCAACACAGGGCACUGCCAGUGCCUCCACCACACCGAGGGCCCGUCCUGCGAGCGCUGUGCCAUUGGCUUUCACGGCAACCCCUUCGUGGGGCACUCUGAUGACUGCCAGCCAUGCCCGUGCCCCGGCCAGUCGCCUUGCACGGCUAUCCCGGAGAGCGGGGAGCUGGUGUGCACCCACUGCCCCCAGGGGCAGAGAGGAAGACGCUGUGAGCUCUGUGACGAUGGGUUUUUCGGGGACCCCUUGGGGAGGAACGGCCCAGCCCACCCUUGCAGCCCCUGCCAGUGCAACGGUAAUGUGGAUCCCAAUGCCGUGGGCAACUGUGACCCCGUCUCUGGGCAGUGCCUGAGGUGUCUCUACAACACAUCCGGAGAGCACUGUGAAAAGUGCAGGGAGGGCUUCUACGGGAGCGCGCUGGCUCGGAGCCCCGCCAGGAAGUGUGCCCCCUGUGAGUGUAACCCUGUCGGUUCAGCCCACGGGCUGGAGGCCUGCGAUCCCCUCACUGGCCAGUGCACCUGCCUCCCUCAUGUGACCGGGCGAGACUGCAGCCGAUGCCAGCCGGGGUUUUAUGACCUACAACCAGGGACUGGAUGCAAGAGCUGUGAGUGCCACCUGGUGGGCUCUCAGGACAGCCAGUGCCACCCGCUCACGGGGCAGUGCCCCUGCCAGCCUGGUGUCGAAGGACAGUCGUGUGAUCGAUGCCAGCCUGGCUUCUUCGGGUUCUCGGUCAAGGGCUGCCGAGCCUGCAACUGCUCCCCACUGGGCGCCAUCACCCCACAGUGCCACGAGAACAGCACGUGCGUCUGCAGGAGGGGCUUUGUGGGCUACAAGUGUGAUCAGUGCGAAGUGAACUUCUUCUACGCCCCAGAGAGGUCUCUGUGCCAGGAGUGUCCCGUCUGCUACAGCCUGGUGAAGGACGAGGCUGACAAGCUGAAGGCCAAACUGCAGCAGAUGGAGGCGUGGCUGCAGAAACCAGACUGCAGCAGCCCCCAGACCCGUUACCCAGCACGAGGAGAGGAGCCCCAAGGAGACCAGCUGCCAGAUGCCAAGGCGCUGUUCCUGGAGCAGGUUGCCCAGCUGGAGGGCUCAGUGGGCACCGAGUGGGGUCGGCUGAGGAACAUCAGCGGGACUGUGGGCUGCGCCAGCGGCGGUGACGAGAAAACUUGCAUCCUCCUAUCGGAAAUCAGCGCCGUGCUGCAGUCCACGCAGCGGGAACUCCAGCAGGCUGCAGCUACGCUAGCGACAAUGGUAAUUCCUCACGACAUUUCCCAGCAGCCCACUAGCUGGAGUCGCCUCGCACUGGAGUCCCGGGCGCUGGCUGCCAGUCACGGGGAUGCAGCCGCAGAGCUGGAGUCUGUGGCCAGGAGAGCCCUGCUCGCUUCCAACACCAGCUACGCUCUCCUGCAGAGCAUCGUGGAGGACAGCGCUAGCCUGGAGCGCAGGACAGAGCUGGAAGACCGGUACCAGGAAAUCCAGCGGGCGCAGGAGGAGCUGGCUGCUGGCAUGCUGGAGGUGGCAGCUGAGGCCAAGAGAACCUUUGCAUCCAUCCGCCAAGCUAAUGCAGACAUGGCAAAGAACCUCUCGAAGCUCGAUGCUCCACAGCUGCGCUCCCUAGUGGUGCAGACCGGAGCCCUGACUCGGGAGCUGAUGGAGCUGGAGCAGGGGGUGGAGGCGAAAGAGCGCCUGGCCCUGGAUGCAUGGGAUUCUCUGAUGGCCAAGCCACGCCCAGAGCUGCAGAGGGCUCAGCAGUUUCAACAGCUGCGGAAGGGGGUUGAUGCUGCCCUGACUCUGGCAACCUCAUCAGUUUCGCACGGAAAGGCCGUGGUCUCUGAAGCAAAGUCCCUGCUGUCCAGCUUGGAAGGGGGGAAGAGGAUGUUUGUGCGUCAGAAGGGGCAGGCCACCGUGAGCAGGAAGCUGGUCAUCGUCCGGGACAGAAUGAUCGUGGAUGCCCAGAAGAAGAUCAAACAGGCAGAGAGGAUGCUGGGAAACACUGUGUCUGUCUCCACCGCAGCCAAGAAGACGGUCAAAGAAGCAGAGCAAGUCGCCAGAGAGAGCUCCAAGAGGUCCCAGGCUGUGCUGAGGGAAGGGAAGCGGGAACGCAAGCAUGCCGGUGAUCUCGCCAAGCGAGUCAACGUAACCCUGGCAGAAAUCUCAAGGCAGGAGCACGUGUCCAAGGAACUCAGGGAAGAGCUAGAGGCAUCUCGCCAGGUGAGGACAGGGAUGAGUGAAGCUAAGAAGAGCCUCAGAGAAGCCCAGAGCUCCCUGGAGAUGGACAUUGAGAUCCUGAAUAACCUGCUCAGCAGCCUAGGCAACUUGGAGCAGGACACGCAUGCAGACACUGUGCUGAGCACUAGCCGUCUCCAGCUGGACCGCCUGUGGCUGCGCCUGGCCAGGCCCAGAGCCCUGGAGAGGAAACUGAGCCAUCUGCAGUGGGAGGCAGAGCAGCAGCGGCAGAAGAUCCAGGCAUUCGAGAGCGACCUUCAGGAGAUCAGAGCUGACAAGCAAAACCUGGAGGAGGUUCUACAGAGCCUGCCGGAGGGCUGCUCGAGUUGGCAGUGAGAGGGCCCCAUGGACAACCCCCAGUGCCCCCACCUCCACAAAGAACUGCAGAGCAAUGGACAUCUCCCAGCUCACUGAUGAGCACCUCUAACCUGCCCUACGCUCCUUACGCUGCCUUCGCACAGAACAGCGGGGCAAGGUCUCUGUCUGAAGCUCUGGGACGAGGACCACAGCCCUCAGCUCCGCGCCGCAGGCCCAACGGAACUGCCAGUCCAAAGGGUAGAGCUUGUCCAUGGGGGAGCCAGAGCCGUCUUGGGAGCCAACCUCAGACGGUGGAACAAACUUCUGCAGGAACUAAGGACCAUCCCCAGGCCAACCCACCUUCUGCUUCUUCCACUGGCCUUCAGAACAUAUACACCUGUGCCAGAUGCUAGUCAUGUCACUCCAUGCUCUGCUGGGAGGUGCUCACGGACCACAGCGCCUCCUGAACAGAAUGGGAGAGCAUCGAAGAAAGAGCUAGUCGUGGGGUGUGGGACUGAGAGGAGGUUCAGUGCUGCCCCCUAUGGGGGAUGCACACAACUGCCUGCUCCAUGGAUUCUGCUGUCACAACAGCAUUGGUUGCAAUGGGCAUCGGUGCAAGUGCAGCAGGAGCCUUUGCCUGGUUGAGGUGUGAGGGACGGGCCAUGCCCUACCUUUUUUGCAGUCACAGCUCUGCCAGGGUGGGACUGGUCCGGAGCAGCUCUGCUAUUGCCAUCCCCGGGGGCACAGGGUAUCCUAGUGCACUCAUGGGGUGUGACUGGCCCAACACCAUUGUCUCUGUGUAUAUGGCACCAUCCCACUCAAGACAUCAGCGGUAUGUGUGUGUAUGUGUAUGUGUGUGUGUGCAUCACUAGCGACGGCCUAUGUUCGCUCUUGUGGCUGCAUCCCUGUCACCCCUGCUCUCAAGCUCAGCUUGGCUGCAGCACGUAAUUCCCAGCAGCUCGUUGGCAUCCCCUUGCCCUUCCUACUGGGAAAGGCGAAGUGAUGAAGAGCUGGGCAGUUGCCUGAGGCUUUGCAGCUGUGGUAGAUGGAUCUGGAGUGAUGCUCACAAGUCCAGUGGCUCCUGGCUAAAGCUUGACUGUAAUUCCCAAUAGCUGGGAUCACUUGCAGGGCAUGGCUACAGAUGGAAUGCUCCUCUGAAGUGCACAAUGGCCACCCUUUGCCCCUUCCUCUAAUGGGUUGGUCCAGCUUGGAGCCAAGCAGUACAUGAGAGAAGAGAGAUCUAACCCCUUCUGCAUUCAUUCACACUGGUUUUGCAGUAGCAUAACUCCAGGGGCGUGACUCCUGAUUUUCCAUUGGUGUAAGUAAGAUCAUGCUAGAGCCUAGGGGCCUGCUUCUGGUUUGCUUUUUAAGCUGAUUCUCAUGUGCUUUGGUGCCAUUCACACCAUUAGAAACUGAGUUAGCUGGACCCACCUGCCAACCCUUUUUGCAAGGCUGCUGAAGCGGACUGUGGAUCCUCCCUCGCCCCAAUGGCCCAGCUUUCUGGAAGUGCCACAGGGCCUGUUCCUUUCCCAGAAGACGCCAGCUCAUUCUUGCCUCUGUGCAAAAGCUGGCACUGGAGAAAAAAACCCCAGCUGGGUGUUGUCAGACUCUCCCCCCUCUCCCUGCCCAAGGACAGCUCUGUGAAAGCACAACAGUUGUUGCAAAGCUAGCACAGCAUGAUUCCAGCUUGGCUGGGAGGCAGGGACACAUAGCCACAUAUUUGCCUCCCUAGGAAAACAACUGGGCAUCUUCAAUCCGCACACACACUCGCUGCUGUUAGAGAAAUGUCAAGCCGUUGCCACCUGCCCAGUGCUGAAGAAGACGUGAUUCACCCGCCUUCUUGGCCUCUCCAGAGACCUGUUUUCUUAGCUGAUGUUAUGUGCU